UUGGAAGUGUAAAAUCCUUCUUCCUAAGAACAGUAGAAUUGAUUGUCCCAAUAAAGAUUAAGAUUACCUACUUUAAAUAACAAGGUUUAAAAAGCUUUUGGUAAACCUCUUCUUAGAAGUGAAUCACCUAUUUUUCUUCCCCCAGUGGAAUGGAGUGCAAAAUUAAGUAUUAGCGUUAUGGAACCUGAUCCGAAUUCAGAGAAUGUUGCUGCAGUCUCUCAGUCUUCAGUGGGUUCAGACCUGUUUGUAUUUAAACCUAGUGAGCCCAGGCCAUUGUAUAUUCAAAAGAAUAUCUGCAGAGAGGAAGUCCAGUGGGGAGUGUUUGUUCCACGAGAUGUCCCUGAAUCAUUCACCUCAGAAGCUUACCAGUGGCUCAACAGAUCCCAGUUUUACUUUCUAACAAAAACACAGAGUUUAUUGACAUUCGGCACAAGGUCUCCAGAAGAGAAACUCACACCAACAAGCAGGCAGGUACGUUUUACCCACUCAGGGUGCAGACCACAUUGCCUCCCUACAGAGAUAAGGUGGUCUGUUAGAAUUUAGGUACAAGAAAAGUGUUUCCCAGGACCCUAAAAUGGAAUUAAAAGCCAUACUUACAAACUACUUGUCUCUUUUGAAGUUACAUCAUUUUUUUAAAAACCAGUUUUACUUUGUAAUAUCGGUAGUAACUGCUUGUGAUUUAAUGAGUUAAGUCGCUCUGAUUUUUCAGGAAAAACUUCAGCACUGCUGCCAUUACCCACAUUAGCUCCAUGUCUUUGAGAAACGGAUUUAUAUCGCUAACUCUGGGUUUUUCAGAUUUAGGUAUUAUCUGACUCUGAUCCAUUAAAGCUGAAGUUAUAGUUCUGUUCCACGAUGCCACUCCCCACACAUACACAACACUUUCUCCCUCUCCCCCCUCCACUCCCUCCCUUCCCGCCCGUCCCCUCUCUCUCCCUUCCUUCCUUGCUUUCCCAGCUUCCCAAUCUUAAAAUUGGAUAGGUCAGUAUUCCUCAUUAUAGCCAAGUAAACACAAUUUAGAGCCAAGCCAUGUAGUAAUAGACAUUGUUUUUUUCUUUU